CACCAAGGCAACGCGCGGUGUUCGGGAAGUUCACAAAAUGGCGUUCGGGGUUGUUUAGGAAUUCAAAAAACAAAUUUUAGGGGCUGCAGUGUUCAUUCCAGUGACAGGAAAAUGGAAGAAACGUUUGAUGAAAGGUUUCAAUAUGUCUAAAAGUUCCUCAAGUUCGAGUUCUUCUUCUGGUUCUUCAUCAGGUUCGGAGACUGAAGACAUACAAGACGAUGAGCCAGCUCCUGUUUUGAUUCGCGAACCACAGGCAGUCCGAGUACCUGAAUGGAGUAUUACGCAUUCAGACAUUGAAGUCCCGUCUCAGCCUUCCUUUACUACCAGUCUCCCCAGACCAAAGCCUCGCACAAGGAAAACAGACCAUGCUGAUGGUACCAGCAGCUUGGCAGAUGAAGUGCGUACCACUAAAACACGCCCCCCUUGGCAGAUGCUGAAGACAAAUGAUGCCCUACCCCCUAAGGCAUUAACUGUAACAUCAGUGUCACAGGCCUAUGAUCUACAGGCUGUGAUUGGAUUGGAAGCAGCUCAUGCUGAGGGCCAGUCAUCAUCUGAUUGGCUGGGAAGACACAGUGUUAAAGCAGAGGCUCUUUCAUUCAAUGAAAUCAUGAAAUGUGGAGUUCCUAUUAAACCUCCACUUGGCUCAGAUCCUAAUCAAGUUCACCUGAAGUAUGAUGCUGUUAAGCUGCAAGAUUAUGAAUUUAAAAUUACCAAGCAUUUGGUUUAGUGAAAGGUCAGAAUGUGGCAUUGUUAGUCGAUGCAUCAGAUUCUAAUUGUGGAUAUGGCCGGCUACAGCUUUUCCAAGAAUCUCUAGGGGAGCUUAUUGAUGAGCAGUUGGCCAAUAAAGAAAGACUAUUCUUCUUAUCAUUUGGAACCCAACCCAAGCCAUUAUGGACUGUAGUCAGGGAUGUGAACUGCCGAAUUGUUGAGGAAUCUCAUUGGUGGGCAGAUAGUUUACAUCCCCAAGGUGGAUGCAACGUACUGUCAGCACUUAAACAAGUCGUCAAGAGAAAAGAGAUAGACUCCAUUGUUUUGGUCCUGGGAAGCUGCCCUGACCAGAAUCCCAAAGUGAUCUGUGAGUAUGUACGUGAGUCCUUGGCAGGUAGACAUGCUCCUUUGCACACUGUGGCAUAUGACUGCAGCAUCUCAGCAACUAAUAUGUUUCUUAAAGAGCUCGCUGAACAGUCAGGAGGAAGAUAUCAUUGUUAUGUCUCAACUAGUGAUGAGCAAAUUAUGACUGGGACUGAUCUAAGUUUAAUAGCUGAUGAAAUGAAGAAGGCUCAGGAAAUCUUAAAGAAGAUCCAUGAGAUGAAAAAUGGAGUCAUUGGUGACAAAAAAAUUGUUAUGCAGACAGGUGUUGACACUACUCUGAGCACUGUUCAGCAAAGUCUGGAGCUGAUGAGGAUACCAUCUGAGGACGGUGAGAUACUGAAAACUGACAGUUCACCUCUGGUAGUUGAACACCCUUCAUUUCCUGCUCGGACAUCAGCUGAGUGGUUGAGACAGCAUGGACUUAAAGCCAAGGGGCUCAACCUUUAUCAAGUGCUAGCUCCUAAUUCUUUUUCAUAUGUGGAUGGGUACAUUUCUGCCAUCAAUAGAAAUGUGCAUUCUCUAGUUUAUGAGAGGAGCAUGGCCCAGUUUAAAUGGCAUGAUGGAUCUGUGAAGAACGUGCAUGUAGAUCCAACCUUGCUUUUUGAUUAUCAGCGUCACUUGGAAUCUGCCGUUCACUUGUACAAAAGACGUGUUGAUUGGCUGUCAGUUGGCUGCAGAAGAAUAUUUGGAACAGUUGUGGAAAAGAGGGUUAUUGUGUUGUUGGACAUGUCAAUUUGUAUGUCACCAGCUGUUCCCAAGCUGCAAGAUCACCUCAGACUUUUGCUCGAACAACAAAUGGCCAACAAGACCUCCUACAACUUUAUCUGUUUUGGUGAUAAGACUGAAAUGUUUCGCCCUGUUAUGUUAGAACCAUCUCCUGAGUAUCUUGAAGCGACUUGGAAGUGGCUGCUUCAAAGGGGUUGUGGUGGAAGCAGAAACUUUUUGGAUGCUUUUAGGAAAGCGGUGGAAAAUGAUGAAGAAAAAGCUCAUGGUAUUGAAGUUGAAGGGAUUUAUGUAAUAACAAGUGGUGUUCCGGAUGAACCAAAGGAGGUAGUCUCUGGGUUCUUACGUGAAGCUCUAGCGGGCACCGACACAGGCGUGCAUACUAUUUACUAUGAGGUGGACGAUGAGGAUGGCUUGAUAGCAAUACCGGGAAAGUACGCUGACAGAGGGAACACCGCUGAGUGCUUAAGACAGAUGGCUCAUGCUGUCAAUGGCCGGUUCCACUGGUAUAGGAGUGGAGCAAUUGUCGAGAGUGAUGACCUAGGGGCUGUGUUAAACGAAAUGGAUAAAGCAUUCAAUUACUCUCAGAAAAUUUCUAUUCUCUUCGAAACAGUUCGAAAGAAAAAACCAGUGGCGCAAGUGAUUGGCGACUCAAUUGAAAGUGAAAAUCAACAACUUGUUCCCAGGCCGCCAUCUGCUGGCAAGUCACGAUUACCGCUGACCCCACCAAGACAUACUGCACUUACCAAGGCCCGAAUGAAGAAAAAGGGCGGCUGCGCUUUGCCUCCAAUAAAAGCUACAAACGAAGAUCUUAGUAUUCGUCCCCAGACAGCGGGCUCCAGUCGGCCCAGUUCCUCAACUAGAGGUAAAAAGACCAGGCCACAAAGUGCAUCAUCUCAAACUAAGGAAUCUACGUUGAAGGCUUUACAGUGGAAACCUCCCACAGUGAACAGUACUUCUUCUCUUAUUCCUGCACCUCCUCCAGCUAAAAAUGUCGUCAAAGAGAGAAGACCAUCUUCAGGAGGCGUUAAAGCGGUGCAGCAGGCCUUUUACACUGAAUUUAAGAAUGAAACAGGUGCAGUUUUCACUCAGUAUCCUUCUAAAAAGAAACUUAGACGGCCGAUCAAGCAUCCAUUUAUACCUGACAAAGAAGAAAGCGUUAGCACCAGAGAGUGGAUGCGUCAUUAUAGCAUCUCAAAGCUAAAGUUGGAUCUUAAUAACAUUGUGGGAACCGCAGAAUGUUCACACGCUAAAGGAAAAGUAUCAUCUUUGGGGCAGUCAGUAACUGCAAGAUACUGCAGUAUUUUCCCAAGUGUAGAAGUUAAGGGAGUUGUGAAACAUCUCCAUCUUCUACCGCACGAGCUAGAAGAUUAUGAGGAUCAAGUGGAAAAGGUUUUAAGAAGAUACGUGAAAAGACUACAGUGGUUACUGAGUGGUAGCAGACGUGUGUUUGGCACAGUGGUUGAGAAAAAUGUCGUGGUGUUGAUCGACACUUCAGGCUCCAUGGUCAGCAGCAUGGAUGAACUGAAGCGAGAGGUGGCUGCGCUUGUCUGGGACCAAAUUAGGCACCAGGCGACAAAGUUUAAUCUUAUCCGGUUUGCCUCUGAAGUGGUGUCAUGGAAACCAAGCUUAAUGUCAACGUCAGAUGACAGCUGUCAAGAUGCAGUUGAAUGGGUUUCUGGUUUCGACGCUAAUGGUAGCACGAGGACAUUACAAGCCCUUCAGAUGGCAUUUGAGGAUCCCGAAGUUCAAGGAAUUUAUCUCCUGACUGAUGGAAAACCGGAUAACAGUACCACUAUGGUAUUAAGAGAGGUGGCAAAGUUGAAUUCAGGAAGAAAUGUGCGUGUUCACUGUAUUUCAUUCAAUUGUGAUGACAGUGUGGCGAACAAGUUUCUUCAACUUCUGGCCUCUCAGGCAGGUGGAAGAUAUCACCGUUGUCAAGGGGAUCCGAAUGGUCACAUGUUCACUCACAGACUCCUCGCAGAAGGCUUUCAUGAAGACGAGCCUCUGAGCAUGCCAGUAUUUGAGGGAGAUGACCUUCGCAGACUUGCAAGUGAAAUUGCUCUUUGCAGGAAGUUCCUGUUACAGUCGAGAUCAUACAGGUAAACGCAAGUGGCUAGCAAAUUAAAUAAUACGUAUUCCUUCUUUGUUUAA